AUGUCAACAAUGUCGGACGAUCAGCAAUCGAGCAAUCAUUUAACUGGCUUUGAUAUAACUUCACUGGUUAUUUAUUUGAUAUUGUUAAUUGGGACUGGAUUUUAUUCAAUGUUUAAAUAUAAUCGUUCGACAGUGAAAGGAUACUUUUUGGCUAAUCGGCAAAUGCCAUGGAUAUGUAUAGGCUCAAGUUUAUUUGCAUCGAACAUUGGUGCAGAACAUUUUAUUGGCUUAGCAAGUUCAGGUGCAGCAAAAGGUAUUAGUGUUGGAGCGUUUGAAUUAAACUCUAUUGCAGUGAUUCAAUUACUGGGUUGGGUGUUUUUACCGGUUUUUAUAGCAACUGGUGUAUCGACAUUGCCCGAGUAUAUGAGUAAACGAUUUGGUGGACAGCGCAUACGUGUAUAUAUAGCAUGUCUUUAUCUUCUACUCUAUAUAUUAACAAAAAUAAGUGUGAAUAUCUAUGCGGCAUCAUUAUUUAUCAAUUAUGCUUUUCAUUGGAAUCUUUAUCUAAGCGUUUUAUUUGUUCUGAUGUUAACUGCUGUGUGUACUGUUUCGGGUGGUUUAGCAAGUGUUAUGUAUACAGAUACAAUACAAGCUGUUAUAAUGAUUAUCGGAGGAUUUUCUUUAAUGGUUUUGUCAUAUACGAAGAUAGGUGGUUUGUCAAAUCUUUAUCGAGAAUAUUUAACAGCUAUGCCAUCACCGAUUAUUGAUCAACAGUAUGAAAACAUAACAAAUGUAUGGUUAAAUCAAACAGCUGCAUCGAUAACAUGUGGGAAACCAUCGAUGAAAUCCUUUCAAAUGUUAAGAUCUUUAUCUGAUCCUGAUAUGCCAUGGCUAGGAUUUUUUCUUGGACAUACACCAAAUACAAUAUGGUAUUGGUGUUCAGAUCAAAUGAUGGUUCAACGAGUAUUAGCUGCUAAAACGAUUUCCCAUGCACGUGGUGGCACUUUAUUAGCUGGCUAUUUAAAAAUUUUACCAUUAUUUAUGAUAAUUAUUCCUGGUAUGAUAAGUCGAACAUUAUAUCCGGACAUUGUUGCAUGUAAUCAACCGUCGACUUGUGAAGCUAUAUGUCAUAGUAAACGAAGUUGUACUAAUAUUGCCUAUCCAACAUUAAUAUUAAAAAUUUUACCAAAUGGUUUCAAAGGUAUUAUGCUUGCAGUUAUGCUUGCUGCAUUAAUAUCAGGUUUAACAUCAAUAUUUAAUUCAGCAAGUACGAUUUUUACUGUUGAUCUUUAUCCCAAUAUAUUGUCCUAUCGUCGAAAUAAAAUAACAAACCGAGAAUCGAUGAUUGUCGGUCGUCUAUUUGUUAUUAUUAUGACUGCAUUCGGCAUUGCAUGGAUACCCAUCGUUAUACAGAUGCAAGGUUCAGAACUAUAUAUUUAUAUGCAACAAGUUAUCGGAUUUUUAGCACCGCCGAUAGCCUGCAUUUAUUUAUUGUCAGUUUUAUGGACACGUGCCAACGAACGUGGUGCGUUUGCUGGUUUAAUGAUCGGUUUUGUAUUUGGCCUAGUACGAAUGGUACUUGAGUUUUCGCAGCAGCCUCCAUUGUGCGGUGAAAAAGAUACAAGAUUUUGGUUGGUUCGAAAAGUUCAUUUUAUGUAUUACGCAUUAUUUUUAUUUUGGUUAACAUUUUUUACUUGUGUUAUUGUUUCAUUAUUAACGGAACCACCGACAAAAGAGCAAUUGAACCAAACAACAUUUUGGACAAGAAAUUCCGAUAAUAUGGAACUUAUCAGAAUGAAGCAUGAAAGAAAUAAUGGAGCUUCAAUUUUAAGUCGAUCACUUCAUUGCAAUGAAGUCGCUUCAUCAUCACCAAUCAAUCAUGCUGUUGUACAUACUGUUGCUGAACACACACAGCCUGAAAUCUUUCUUCCACCAUCAUCACCACUUGGUCCAGGAACCUUACUUAUGAGUCGUGAUGGCGAUGAUGACGUUACUAGUGUUCAUAUUAACACAGCACGAACAAGUACAACUGAAAUUGAAUUUAAAAACAUAAAAACAUUUUCGAAUCAUUCAGUAUCAAUUCCAGAUAAUUCCAAUGAUCCAAACAAUGGAAAAACAGGUUGUGAUAUGUUAGUUCUUUUAAAAUCAUGUUGGUCAUGGUUCUGUGGCUUGGAUGACACAAGCGCUACUGCCGAUCAAGAUGAAUUAUCGGCUAUCAACACAUCUUAUCAUUGUCUACAACGAAAACCAGAAAAUAGUGAUACGAACGAAGCACGUGCUUCGAUGUUACAGCAUAUGGAAGAACGGCCAAUUAUAAAAUGGAUAUUAAAUGGAAAUUUAGUAUUUGUUAUUCUUGUUGAAAUAGCUUUAUUUGUUGUGUUUUCGUUACCUGCAAAGUAUACAUUCUUACGUGAUUAA